AUACAGAGAAUUGUAACUUGCAACACUUAUACAAAGCAAAAUGUCAACUUGAUCUGAAACGAAAUGAAACAAAAAUUUUAUUCUAAUUUAUUUAUAUUUCACGAAAACUGUGUUUUCCUGUUAUAAAAGAUGAACGUGACUUUAAUCAGUUUAGAAGCGUUAAUUUUAAAAGCUACUCACGAAUCUCUACCAUGUCCGGACGCUGCGGCGUUGGAGGCUUUUUGUGCGGUGAUGAAGGACGCUGCGGAGGGGGCGCAGCUGGCGGCACAAGCUCUGGCGGCCCGCAUACACACUCCUAAUGCUCGGGAGGCUCUGCUCGCUCUCUCUAUGCUAGACCGUUGUAUGCGACGUUGUGAUGCCGGCUUCCACGCUGAAGUCGGCAAAUUCCGCUUUCUCAAUGAAAUGAUUAAGUUAGUUUCGCCUAAAUAUUUUGCUGAUCGAACUUCACCUGAAGUACGGACAAGGGUUUUACAAUUACUUCACGCAUGGUCAAUUGAGUAUCCAAAGGAGUCUAAGUUUAAAGUUGCAUAUGAUAUGCUGAAGAACCAAGGUGUGGUGAAGGAGACACCGCCUCCCUUACCCCCUGAAGAUGUGGUACCUCCUCGUAAUAGGGCCAAGAAUGCAAUCUUUGAAGAUGAGGAGAAGUCCAAGUUGUUACAAAAGUUGCUACAGAGCAAAAAGCCUGAAGAUCUCCAACACGCUAACAGACUCAUCAAAACUAUGGUUAGAGAAGAAGAGCGUCGUAACGAAGAAAGCAGUCGUCGCGCCCAAGAAGUUGGGAAUGCUUUAGAUAGCGCAGAACUUCUUAAGGAACUGCUUGCGAACGCUGAAGAUGCGUCUCCAGAGGAAGAGCAGUUGAUACAUGAGCUGCACAUGUCUUGUGGGACUCUCCGCUUGGCACUCCAACGUCUGGCUGCCUCGGAGUCCCAGCCUGACUGUCUCAGUGAGUGGACCGAUGACAUAUUACACGCCAGCGAAGUUUUAGACGAUGUUUUCGAGAAGUACGACGCAUAUUCUAAGUUUACAAAGGAAAAGAAGAAAAUUCCAAAUGCCAAAGCUUCAAGUACUGAUCAAGCACAAAGUUCGAAUAGCGAUAGCUUAUUGGACUUCGCCGGUAACUUGGGGAAGGGAGAUGACGUCACGGUGCAGCCUGGCAGCUCCAGGAGUACUGCUAUUGACGAGCUCGGUGAUAUCUUCUCGACGGGAAGCGAUACAAGCAUUGUGGAACCGCUGAAACCUGUCAACUUGAUGCCUAGUGAGGAUGUAGAUCUUUUAGGAGACAAACCAAGUAAAGCCGAGGGAUGGAAUGAACUAGACUCCCUUGGGGAACAACUCAUCAAACAGUCCCUACCUGACCAUAUCAAACGGCUGGAAGGAUUUAAUGGUAAAACAUCAAAGAAAAUACCAAUGAACGCGUUACCUUCGCCUAAACACGAGGUCGCGCCACCACCAACAACAACAAACGGCGCUCUGUUCGAUUUAGACUUCUUUACCAAAAAACCAGAAGAGCAAUCCAAACCUGUAGAGCCAGCUAAAGUGCUGAGCAAGCCAUCAUCGCCGCCUGAUGACGUCAUAGUAGACAUUACCGACGGACCGAGCACCUCGGCUGUACUGCCUACGAACCUUACUGAAUCUCCCAUUGACAACAUAUUGGACUUAAGUAUAUCUCUAGAAGAAAACAAGCCGAAGAACGCUUCCCCUACUGAAAGUAUCGAAUCUACCGAAGAAAAGAGAGAAAAGACUAAAACUGAAGUGAAACCGUUGACGGAUAUAGAUGUGUCCUUGUCUAACGUAACCCCGAGCAAUGUUCCUCCAAUGACGAUAUUUGAGGAAGAAAAUGGUCUGACGGUCGUGUUACACUUCUGCCAAGAUAAACCGAGGCCUGAUGUCAAUGUUGUUGUGAUAUCUACGACGAACAAAAAUAAGAAGCCUAUUAUAGAUUUUAGGUUUCAAGGUGUGGUUCCUAAGUGUUGUAAAGUUCGUCUGCUAACGCCGUCGGGUACGACUCUGCCCCAGUACAACCCGUUUCUGCCGCCGCCAGCCAUCACGCAGGUCAUGUUGAUAGGCAGGCCUGCGUCCAAGCCACCAGUCGACCUUCGGUUCGUCAUCUCCUACACAUGUGAUGACGACACCUGCUCAGAGAUCGGCGACGUCAAAGAUCUGCCGUUAGACCAAGUAUAGUGUGUUCAAAAUCAACAUCAAUCCAUACUUAUCAUCGCUGAAUGCUUAAUUAUGUAAUGUACCGUAAUCUAAGCUUUGUAACGGCGAUACAUUAAUGUUCUCAACACCAUCGCCAGUAGCUACUACUGAGUACAGACAAACAUACUGUUUAUUUUGACUGAGUGAUAUGUAUAUUUUAAAUAUCGUGUAAUUGAAUGUAUAAUUGUUUCUAGUCGAGAUUUUUAUUACUGAAUUAUAAAUUAUAAUUAUCGGAAAAAGCAUUUAUUUAACAUUCCAAUAUUUACUUAUUGUAUUCAAAUAUAUUAUGUACUUAUUAUAUUUAGGUCUCAUUUUUUACAAGUUGUGAUUAUAAAGUGAAAUCGUUAGGAAAUUCGUAAACACUGCAGUGUUUACAGAUAUCUGUAAUUAGCACAGUAUUAUAUUAGUAUAUUUGUAAUAAAGGUUGGAGGCGUACUUACUGUGUAUUUUAUGUUGCAAUUGUAUGUACAAGAAUUAGAAUAAUGUUUGUGUUGAAGCACCAUCUUAAACCGUAAAGUGCAAUAUAACCAUACAAUAAAUGUUUUAUUUCAUUUUCAAAUAUGUGUAUUUUAUAUUUUCUCGAUCCAAUAGCUUAGUGACAAAUAAACUAAGCUUCAAUAUUUUGUAUAUUUUGUGAUCGGCACUAAUAUCUUAUUUAUUAAAUGAAAACUGCAUUUAUAA